CAACUAAAAAGAACAAGACCGAAGAGAUUGGACUCGGUAUGUGUAGAAAAUGUAUUGAAUGAACAUAUAUUGGACAUAUAACGGAAUGAAAGAUUAUUCUGUUUGAUUUUAUUAUCUUUUCUUGAUAUCAAGCACACGCACACACACAAUGAAGUUUACACAGGUAUUGUUCAAACAACAUCUAGGUAGAAUGAUUAGAAAGAUAUGGCAUUCAAAGCAUGAGCGCAAGAUUAGAAUUACUAGAGCAGAGGAAUACUUGUCGACAUUGGGAAUUCAAGUAAAAGAUCCUUUGGAAGUAUUGGUGCCAAAAAAAAUAUUUCCAAGGAUUACAUUGGAACCUCAAUUUGCACCAAAAGUUAUAUUUGACGAGACACAUCCUGAUUGGAAAGCCAAAGCAUGUCUGACAUUUAAAGACCAUAAUGUUUUACAAGAAGGAGUUUCUCAAGCACAAAUAUUGACAAAUACUGUAUGUUUGUCAGAUAAUUCUAUGAGUCAUAUUGAAAAUUUGCUUGUGCCUGAUCUCCCAGAAUACACAGACGAUAUAGUAAAAAGAGCAAUUUGCACUUCAAACAUAUAUGAUGCUCAUCAAGAGAAGUUACCAAAAAGGAAAGAUCCUAAUAGACCUGCAUGGGUGUUUCCCAGAAGUUAUGGCAUAACCAACGCGAGGAAAAUGCAAAAUAUGUCUCAGAAAUUCGUACAACUUUGCGAAUUUUUAUCUGGUCCACAUAUAGCGCGGAAACGAUGCGUGUUGUAUGAUGCAAUUACAAAAUUAGACUUGGAUAAAGAAUCGGAUCUCAUUCAAUUUAUUCUAAGGUCUGACGUGAUGAUCAUGUCGGCAGAUCCUUUGAAACCAAUAGAAAGUUCUAUUAACGACAUAGAGACUGAUCUUCCAAGUAUCUAUCCCAUGCAUCACACCAUCAGUUUUGACAAAACAAACUUCUAUAAAAUUGGGGACUUAUAUCCUGUCAGUGCAACGUCAGCUUGGAUAAACGUUCACACCAUUUUCGUGCACUUCGACCCGGAGGAAGUUAAAAAUCUGACGGAGUUGGCUGUGAAGAAGGAUCAGGUUAUUGGUCGUGCCAUGCUCAAGUCCUACACUGUGGCGGCAGCUUGCGCACGUCAGAGAUUCGGGCCAUCUGUGAAGAAAUUGCCAGAGCCUGUCACUGUGCAAUGCAUUCACACGGAUGGAAAGCAUUAUCACUUUUUCACGUACCAACUUAAUUCGUUGGAUGCCAACGACAGCAGUACGAAGAAUUUCUGGUGCACUAUGCCGCCUUUAACCCUCUUCUACCAAGCUAAUUAUGAUAACGGCAGACCAGUAAUCGAGAACUACAAUCCAAAAGUGUUUAGAAGGAUACUCGCAUUUUACAGAAACGGUAGUUGAAGCGACAAAACAUAAAAGUAUCUGUUAAUUCGAGCAAGAUUACAAAAUUAUUUAUCCUUUCUGUACAAGAUAUUUAUGUAGAUCGAAAGCAGAAGGUUCAAUUUUGUCUAAUCUCUUUGAAAAUACAGAGAAAGAAUUACAUCUGUA